UUGCCGCGAGUCCGAUUCGGCCGUGUAGAAAUGGAACAGAUAUUGACCUCCCAUAUUUUCCCUAACGACGACAAUGUAAAAGUCGCCGACGAGGGAAACUCGGAGAUUCAGCAGUUCUAUGCGGGCGGCACCGUUUUCGUAACAGGCGCGACUGGGUUCUUGGGUAAGCUGCUGGUCGAGAAGCUGCUGAGGACGUGCCGUGGCGUUCGCAGGAUUUACGUUCUGGUGCGGUCGAAAAAGGAGCUGAGCGAGGAGGAGCGUAUCGUUAAGCUGUUCGACGAGCCGGUAUUCGACGAAAUCAAGCGGAACUACAGGGACGCGUUCGAGAAGGUGCGGGUGCUCCCCGGAGACAUGCUCCUGCCGAAUUUGGGCAUGAGCGAGGCCGAUCGGGAGAUCUUGCGUCAGGAGGUGAACUUCAUCUUUCAUGUCGGGGCCACGGUACGUUUCGAUGAGAACCUCAGGGUGUCGACCUACAUCAACGUGAGGGCUACGUGGGACUUGCUAAGGUUAGCCCAGCAGGCUCCAAAUCUAAGGGUGUUCAUUCACGUUUCGACCGCGUUUAUCGUCCCGAUGUUGCAACACACACAAGAGAAGAGGUACGAGCCUAAAAUUAGCGCGGAAAACUUGAUUCACCUUGUCGAGACCAUGGAACCGGAGCAGCUGGACAAGAUUACGCCAGGUCUUAUAGGCGAAUGGCCGAACACGUACACGUUCACGAAGGUGAUCGCUGAAGACGUGAUCAUCCGUAAGGCAGAAGGUUUGCGUUACGCGAUCGUGCGACCAUCUCUUGUGAUUUCAACGUCAAGGGAACCCGUGCCCGGUUGGGUCGAUAACUUCAUGGGAAUCACUGGUUUAGUAAUCGGUUUAGAAUUGGGAUUACUGCACGUUGCUAUGGGAAAUUACUAUCGGGUGGUGGACGCCGUCCCCGCCGAUUACGUGAUCAACAACACAUUAGCGGUGGGUUGGUACACCGAAGUGAAAGGAAUUGACAGCAUCUACAAUUACGUCAGCUCAGUUCAAAAACCCCUAACCGCUGAUCUGGGCGAUAGGUUAAUCCAAAAAAGCAUGGCGAAUUGUCCUACAAUACACCAGUUUUGGCACAAGUUUAAGAUAGUUACUCAAAGUAAGCUCACUUUCGCAAUGGCCCAUUUCCUUUUCCACGUACUAAUCGGGUACAUUGUCGACUUCAUCAACGUGGUGAACGGGAAGAAGCCUUUUGCAACCAAAAAAAUUAAACGGGCGAAAGUUCGCGUAGAUAUGGUCAACUAUUUCGUGCAAAAGGAAGCGACCUUCAGCAAUAAUAAUACCCAACUCGUUUGGAAAACUUUGACCUCAAAGGACAAACAGUUGUUCUUCUUUGACAUGGGAAGUCACAGUUGGGAGGACUACUCCGUUACGUACGGCCCAGGUUUGAGGGUGUACCUGCUCAAGGAUCCCAUGGAAACGAUACCGAAAGCGAAGAGGCGACAGCUGAAGCUGAAAGUCGUCCAUUACACGCUAGCUUCCGUACUAAUACUGAUUAUAUACUUCCUCCUAAGAUUCUUGCUCAGUAAAUUACUUUUCUAAUUGAAAAA